CAAGAAUGUCGUAUGUGUCUCUUAUAAGAAUCGAGCAUUUCUAACAGUUGUGGUUUAUAUACAGGGAUUGCAGGUAGACUACGUUCAAAUUGAUAAGAUAUAUAAAUUCAUAUCUUCUACUCGCUGAUUUUUAUAUAUUGGAUAAUUAAAAAACCAUUGCGGUCUGAAUAACAAUCAAUAGAACAAAGAAGAUUGUAAUCAAAUCUUUUUAUGCUUUUAAGAAAAAAGAUCUCUCUAAAGAAUUAUUAAUAAUGUAUGACAUGCAAUUUUUAUAUGUCUUCUCUUUAAUCAUUCUUACAGUUGCUUUAGACAUAUCAAGAGAUAAUGUAGAUGAAAGUAUAGAAAGCGAAACAAACGAUACGACGGAAGAUUAUGACAUAGUAACUAAAAAGUACAAAAUCUUCUCGAUAUUAUUAAUGACGGUUAUUAUAAUGUUUGUAUUUUUUCGCUGUUGUUUACAAGAGUUAUGUAGGCAUAGAACUGCAAUACAUUUGCGGCCAAUAAAACGUGAAACGUUCGAUGAAAGCAGACUAGAACAGAAUAAUCAAUCAAGAAUUGAACACCGAGUUAAUGAUAGCAAUGAACACACAGAAGAACGCAGACAUCGAUGUCGCACUAAUGAACGCAAAGAGGAAUGCAAAUAUGAUGAAAGAGAUAAACGCAUGCAAGAAAACAGGAAUAAAGACAGAGAUGACGCAGGUUUCAUUUGGAAUAAUUUGGAAAGCAUGGAUGAUGACAUGAUUGAUAAUAGAAAUUUAAUCUUCGAACCUAGACCUAAACGCGUGUGUUUUCUGGCGCAAACGUCUAAAGUACAUUCGCCUAAAAUUAACAACAGUGGAUCAAACGCUGGCAUUAGUGUGGAGAUAGUAAAAUUAAACCAUAAAGCACAAGUUCAUGCCAAAGAAGAAAAUAACAAUUAGCAAUGUUUCAAUAAGUAUUACUUAUACUUAACAUAAAGUAUCAUUUUCAGCUCAAUUCUGAAUUUUAAAUUGUCUGGACUAUGCACACUAUGCUACUCUUUAUCAUAUGUAAAUUGUUUAUUAAAAAAAUAUUUUUUUUAGAAA